AUUCGAGGUGUUUGUUUGGAAUGCACACUCUGUGCAUACAAGGAGUAAUCGUAUCACGAGAACACGUGGGCAAUACUGUGCCCGAUGAUCUUUCUGUGGAGGAGAGAGAAGAGCUUUUAAACAUCCGUCGUAGAAAAAAAGAAUUAAUUGAUGAUAUCGAGCGGUUAAAAUUUGAGAUUGAAGAAGUUAUGACUGAGAUCGAUCACCUGACGAGCGUAGAGGAAAGUAAAGCUACCCAAAGAAAUAAGCAAGUUGCAAUGGGAAGAAAAAAAUUCAACAUGGAUCCCAAGAAGGGAAUUCAGUUUCUCAUUGAAAAUGAUCUCCUACAGAAUACUCCAGAGGACAUCGCUCAGUUCCUUUAUAAAGGGGAAGGGCUAAAUAAAACGGUUAUUGGAGAUUAUCUUGGUGAGAGGGAUGACUUUAAUAUCAAAGUCCUUCAGGCUUUUGUUGAACUCCACGAGUUUGCAGAUCUCAAUCUUGUCCAAGCAUUACGGCAAUUCCUGUGGAGUUUUAGAUUGCCUGGAGAAGCUCAAAAAAUUGAUCGUAUGAUGGAAGCAUUUGCUUCACGCUACUGCCUUUGUAACCCUGGGGUCUUCCAGUCUACAGAUACAUGCUACGUACUCUCGUUCGCAAUCAUUAUGUUGAACACAAGUCUACACAACCACAAUGUAAGAGACAAGCCAACAGCGGAGAGGUUUAUCUCUAUGAACCGAGGUAUUAAUGAGGGUGGAGACCUCCCAGAAGAACUGCUACGGAAUUUAUAUGAAAGUAUUAAAAACGAGCCCUUUAAGAUUCCAGAAGACGAUGGGAACGAUUUAACCCACACAUUUUUUAACCCGGAUCGAGAAGGCUGGCUCCUGAAAUUAGGUGGACGAGUGAAAACGUGGAAAAGGAGAUGGUUUAUACUGACUGAUAACUGCCUCUAUUAUUUUGAAUACACAACCGACAAAGAACCCAGAGGAAUUAUCCCAUUGGAAAACCUCAGCAUCAAAGAAGUUGAGGAUCCAAGAAAACCAAAUUGCUUUGAGCUGUACAACCCUAGCCACAAAGGACAGGUGAUAAAAGCCUGCAAGACUGAAGCUGAUGGCCGGGUGGUUGAGGGCAACCACGUGGUUUACAGGAUAUCUGCUCCCACACCUGAAGAAAAAGAAGAGUGGAUUAAAUCCAUCAAAGCAAGCAUCAGCAAGGAUCCCUUUUAUGACAUGCUGGCAACUCGGAAGAGGAGGAUUGCUAAUAAAAAGUAGCCGUGAUGAGGAAGACUCUCACCAUCCAUGUGCCAAGCGCAAGUGCAAAGGAAACCAGCCUCAUUCCAGCAACCUUGUCUCUUUCCUGUGGCAUCUGUUUUUCCCUUUGCCCAUGUGUCUUCUACCCUACCAUAAGCUCCUGGAAGACCUUCAGUUAGAGGGAUGGGUCAUUUGGGGGAAUGGACGAAUUGGGAGCCUUAUGCCCCUUUUGGGGGUGUGGUGGAACCAAAAAUGAUCUAAGCAUCUCCUGUCCCUCUUUACGUGUGGGAGGCAUUGUUGGGGAUUGUGACUAGUCAAUGUUAUGGCCUUUCUGGUACAGGGAAAUCUUUUCCUCUGUAUCGUUAGAGUCUUGCUCAUACAGCUUAUGUCCAGACUGUUGUGCAUAAUGUUGAACCCACCAGUGUGGCUGAUGUGUGAUCACAUCUCCCUCUCCUCAACAGAUGGUCCUGCUUGGAAAAGUUCUCCAAGAUGUUGCUUUUUUCCCCAACUGGAAUUCCCCAACUUUGUUUCUCUUGGGUUUUUAGUGCAGUCCUCUGUAUUGUCUUCUCUAGGAAGUUCUCAUUCUACUUCCAGAAAACUGGAUUUACAGGAUCUGCUGUGCCUGCUAAAAAAGAAGAGCUAUUGGCGGGUGGGGAGGGGGAAAAUGACAAACCGAGAGUCA